CAACGUUCUCCGGUUUGUUUUGAGCGCAUUUCUCUUCAGCUUCUCAGCAGUUUCGGAUGUCGUGAGUAAAUAAAUAAAGAUGAAUUCCCUGGCGCAGGAGAUCGCGGGUUUCUCUACGUCUCGGCUGAGGAAGCAGAGCACCAGAGUGACCACAGCGAGCGGUCAGGUCCUCCUGGAGACCCGCAGCGGCGCUGAUUACCACAGCACGCCGGACACGGAGCGCCAGAGCGCGGAUACCUGCGGCUUCGUGCAGGACUUCAGUCUGGAUCUGCAAGUGGGAAUCAUCACACCCUUCCUGCUGCUCUGUGCGGCAUCUCAGGACGCUGCUCAUGACAUCGACACGUUGAAGAAACUAAAGGUGACUCAUGUGCUGAAUGUGGCGUUCGGGGUGGAGAACGCGUUUCCUGAACUCUUCACAUACAAGACUGUCAGCAUGCUAGAUCUUCCAGAGACGGACAUCACUGCAUACUUCCCAGAAUGCUUUGAGUUCAUAACACAAGCCAGACAGCAGGAUGGAGUGGUGCUGGUUCACUGCAACGCUGGCGUUUCUCGCUCUGCUUCAGUGGUCAUCGGGUUCCUGAUGUCUGAGCUGAAGAUGUCCUUUGAUGAAGCCUUCAGUGUUGCCAAAACCUCCAGACCGCAGAUUCAACCAAACCCCGGCUUUCUCCAGCAGCUCAAGACAUAUAAUCCAGCAUGAAACACACACACACACAUCCACAAUGUGCUUCAGUGCCUAGAUGUUUUUCACACCUGCUGCUUGAUUAUGCUAAUGAGCUGAGGAGGUCACACAGAGUCCCUUUAUUAAUCUGGGGUCGCCACAUUGGAAUGAACCGCCAACUUAUCCAGCAUAUGUUUUACACAGCGCAUGCACUUUCAGCUGCAACCCAUCACUGGGAAACAUCCAUGCACACCCAUUUACACACACACUACAGACAAUUUAGCUUACCCAAUUCCCCUAUCCUUCGCAUGUUUUUUGGACUUGUGGGGGAAACCCACGUCAACACGAGGAGAACAUGCAAACUCCACACAGAAAUGCCAACUGACCCAUCUGAGGCUCAAACCAGUGACCUUUGUGCCGUGAGGGGAUCAUGCUACUUACUAUCAAAAGACCAUUAUAGUUUCCAAUAAAACAGCAUAAUUUACAUUGUAAAAAUGUAAAUAAAUUCCAUGAAGGUUUCUAUUGUUUUAGGAAAUGGCAGGCCUCAUAUUUAUAUCAAUUUUUUUGGAUAUUUGUUUUUAAAUAACUGUUUAUAUUUAUGCUUGUUUCAUAAAUUAAACUUUUUAUUGAUGUUCUU